AUGCCUCAAGAUCCUGCUACUCGCCUGGCUGCUUUGCUACGGGCAGCCUCCAUAGAUGAUCAUGAAGAAAUCCUCAGCGCAGCCAACAUCGCCAUCAGGGCCAACCCGAACAACGAAACGGCACAUCACACAAGAGUUACUGCCUUGCUGAAAUUGGAUCGAUUCGCCGAGGCUUUGCGAGCUAUAUCUGACGGGGACCUGAAGCUAGGAACAUCUUGCGUCUUGGAGAGGACAUAUGCCCUUUACAAGCUGGGAAAAUUAGAAGAGGCUGCCAGCGUCCUUGGGUCCAGUGGACUUCUUAACCGAGGUCUGACUCACGUUGCUGCUCAGGUUGCCUAUCGUGCAGAGAAAUUCGAUAAAGCUCAGUCGAUUUACCACCAACUCAUGGCUGGCGACGCUGCUGAGAAUCAUGAUGUGAGGAUCAAUAUCAAAGCCUCUCAAGCCCAAGCCGAAUGGAAAACUCUAUCUGGAUCCAGUAACUUUGAGCCGGAAAAGAUGCCAGAUACCUUUGAGCUUUGCUACAACGCUGCGUGCGCCAGUAUUGCCAGAGCAUCUCUGGGCACUGCUUCACGGCUUUUGCAUCGAGCACUGGCUUUAUGUGAUGCUUCUGAUGAGUUGACUAGGACAGAAAAAGAAGAUGAGCGCAAGCCCAUUCUAGCCCAACAGGCUUUCGUUUUGGCCAAGCUGGGACGGAUGGAUCGUGCUACAGAGACUUUGUCUUCAUUCGACUUGGAUGCUGAGACAGAUGAUGAUUUCAAACUCAUUGUUCAGAAUAAUCGCCUGGCGCUCGAAGCUGAACCGAGAAAUCCCUUUCUGUUGGAGCGUCAGAUCACGUCAUGGAGGAUGACCUUACAAGACAAGGCAAAACUUUUCGACUUUCAGUUGAGAAUUCUUGAGAGGAAUUCUUCCAUUGCUGACGUCGAGGCGCACAAAAUUAAUGGUGUCAGAAGUAGGACUCAGAGAGCUAUCAAGCAAGCUCAGUUGCCCUCAUCUGAUUCUGAAAUCAACAGCAUAUCUCUCAUAGGCACGGCGGCAGAAACGCAAGGCAUGCAAAAUAAAAGCCUCUUAGAAUUCAUGGCUGCCCUUCUCAAGAAACAGCCUUAUGACACAGCUCUUGUUCUUACCAUCAUACAAUACCACCUGGAGCACAAAAACCCUACCGCUGCUCUCCAUACACUCGAGUCUUUCUUCUCUCUUCUCGAAAGACCCAACAAGGAGAAUUUGCACUUCGUCAGAUUCAGUCCUGGCCUGGUUGCGCUAGCUGUAUUCCUAAAAAAUAGAAAGGGAAAACAUACUUCAGCUAAGACGGAGCUCGCUAAUGCUGCAAAAUUCUGGUGCAAUCAUCCCGCUGGCCCCGCUGCGUCGCUUUUGAAAGAGGCCGGGACGGAGUUGGUGUCAUCUUUCAGUGAAGAUGAGCUGGAGUGCGCCGGGGCUGCUUUCGCCAGACUUUAUGAUGACAAUCCAACUUCGGCCAUCCCCGCAGCCGGUUUAGUCGCUUCUUUGGCAGCUUCUGAUGCUUCAGCAGUCGCAAAACACAUUAAACAGUUUCCGUCUAUCGAAAGCCUUGUCAACGGUAUCGAUGUCGAGAAUCUCGUUGAUAUAGGCGUUGCAGCCCCCACUGGCUCUUCUUCCUCUAAAAAGAGGGUACCCCAGGACGAUGUGACUGGUGAUAAUGCUGCUAAGAAGCGGAAGAGAAGAAGGUUGCCAAAGAACGUUGUGGAAGACAAAACGCCUGAUCCGGAAAGAUGGCUUCCCCUACGUGACAGAUCAACCUACAGGCUAAAGGGGAAAAAGGGACGUAGGAAGGCUGCCGAGUCCACACAAGGUGGCGUUAUCAAAGAGGAAGAAACCAUAGGUCUUGUCGGAGGCGGAGACGUCAAAGUGGAGAGAGCAACUGCGUCAAGUUCAACCAAGAAGAAGAAGAAGUCUAAGAAAUAA